AUCCCAGGUCCCAACUCCAACUUGUGCAUUCACUGUCCAUGCCUCUUCGAGCAUGUGCGAUGAAAGUGUUAUCGCCUUGUGACUCUUGAACCCUUCUCCCCGUUACUGGGCUGUUCAUUAUUUUCCUGCCUCUCACCGAGGGGGGACACAACAUUAUGAAGUUGCUAUGAUCCUUUCUUCAGCUUGAUCCUGUUUCCAAGCUAUCCCGCUCCUGUUUGCUCCCACUACUGCAGCGACCGCCAUGAGGCUGUGGAGCGCGGUCACACAGUCGCAGAAAGCCUGGCCACGUGAUGAGGAAGACCGCAUCAUCCUUUUCAAGUUGCCGCCAUUGGUCAAUCUGAACACUCCCGCAGAAGCAGCAUCUGAUACAAAGUCUAAUAAUAAGUCCGCCGUCGCAAAGACUUUGACCUCAACAUCGAUAUCGAACCUCCCAGCAGAAGUCAUUCACAACAUUGUUGCAUUUCUCCACCCCCUCGACCGGGUUUGUCUCGGCCUGAGCAGUAAAAAGCUCGCCUCUGGAGUGCUGUCAGCGCCGCGGCUGUCUCCGAACACAUCUCCGAACACAUGGGGUUGGUUCAACCGAACAGACAACACGUACCUCGCCCCCGAUUGCUACACCCUGAUCCUCCGACUCGCACACGGCUGGGUGAACAAAGACCGGUGGCGAUACUGCUGGACCUGUAACAAGAUCGUGACUCGAGACCCACAGUACUUUGAAACUCGACUGCGACGUACCAAGAAGCCGCGGUGGAGCACCCAGCUCAACGUCGAGCAGGAGGUGUGGACCGAGUGGACCAAGGACCAGAGAUGCGACCAUCUCAUUCGCAUGUGGUCUUUAGACCGAGGAGAGGAUAGCAGCAGUCUAUUUUGCGACUUGUGUCGGAGCACCCAGAUGGCAGAACCGGCAAGGCAUCCCUCACAGUGUCCCAAGUGUCUGGAAGCCGAAUUGACGUACAAGUUUAAACCCAACCGUUGGCCGCAGAGAAGGAGAAUUCUCGAAGACAUCGCAUGGAUUCUCAUAGUUGGUCCCGUGUGUGUCGCAAUCGUGGUUCUAGGGCUUCUGGAGAAGUGCUUCCCUACGUGGCCUUUUCUGGUCAAGCUAAAGGCAGAAGGGCUCAUUUAA